CAUCUGUGCAUUAGCUUCAACCUUCUCUUAAUUCCUCAGCCAUGGCCUCCUUUCGUUCUCCUAUCCUCAUUUUCCUUCUUCAUUCCAAUUCCUUUUCACUAAUAAACCCACACCAUGCCCCCUCUAGCCUCCAUGCUUAAUGGAGCUGCACUAGCGCCGUCGCUCCAUCUUCACCCAAGGCGGCUCCGUCCACUGACCUCGCCUGCGACCCUGCAGGUGAUCGGGCGGAGGACUAGAUUCGGUACCGGCAAAGGCAGGGCAGCGACGGUGAGAUGCGAGGGAAUCGGAAUUGGCGAUUUCAUCGGCGGAGAUUUGCUGAAAUUCGACCUAGGUCAAUGGCUAUCGGAUGUGGAGGAACAUAAAGCCCUAGCGAUUUACUCGCCGCACGAAGGCGGCUACGAAGGCCGAUACCUAAAUCGCCUCCGCUACCAGGGCUACUACUUCCUCGACCUCUCCGCACGCGGCCUCGGUGAUCCUGAGACCACUCUCACCAAGAUUCACCCCGUUUGCCCUGCUCAUUUAGGGAAGCAGCCAAUCGCUCGGUGGUAUUUCCCACCGGAAGUCGAUUACAGGCUCGAGGCUCUGCCGCCGAACGCCAAGGGACUAGUGGUGUGGAUAAUCGAGGCUAAGGUUCUGUCGAAGGCGGAGUUGCAGUUCCUUGCUCUGCUGCCGACUCUCCGGCCAAAAGUCCGAGUCAUCGCGGAGUGCGGGAAUUGGAGGAAGUUCAUGUGGAAGCCGCUCAAGGAGAUUGCAGGAGGAGCUUAAGAACACCAUAAACAAGAAUAAUACAGCUUCUUCCAUUUUUCUUUUUUCAAUGAAUUAAUUCAAUUUCUUGGUAAAAACGACGAAGAAGAUGAUGGUGUUUUACCAUUUAGGGUUAAAUUAUUAUUAUUAUGCAAAUAUUAUUACUUCAUAAAAUGAUUUAUUACAUAUAUUAAGA